AUGACAACAGGACUUCAAGAACAACCCUGGUACUGGGGAAAUAUUUCAAAAGAAGAGGUUGCUAACAUUCUCCAAUCAGAACCGGAUGGUUCGUUCUUAGUUCGAAAUGCUUCAACGCCAGGGGACUACACAUUGACGCUCAGAUAUCAAGCUCAAACAAAGCUUGUUAAAAUUCACGUGACCAACGGCCGAUGUGGCUUUGCUCCUGAUGCUUUAACACAUAGUUCGGUGCCUGGUUUAAUCGACUUUCAUCGUGUCCGAUCCUUAAAGGUUUACAAUGAGAGUUUGGACACCAGUUUACGGUACCCCGUUUGUCGGAGACGUGAUUCAACAGCUGAGUGCCUUACACCCCCAUCGACAUCAAAUUCUAAUUUGCUUAAACCACGACCUCAUACACAUAAAGACCCAGCGCCAGAGCCUCAACCUGAAUCUACGCAUCAACCGAUUCCACCAGUAACUGCCUCAAGUGAAGAUCCACAAUGGCAAUUGAAACUUGGCCUCGAAAAACUAAGAAUAGCUCAAACAGCGCUCGCUCGCGCUCGUCGUUUAUAUGAUUUAUCAAACGAAGAGUUGAACAGAGCCGAGGAUCUACACAAGAAGCAGACACAAGCAAUCUUGGAUUCUGAACGAAAAAUCGAAGUGAUGCGGGAUGUUUGUGAUGUGCAAGACAACACCAUUUUGAAGGAAGAUGAUAGUAGUCAGAGUCCUAGUCUUGCCGAAACCAUGAAGAACAACCAAAAUGUUUUGAAGCUCUACAUUCAUGAUCUUGAAACCGAGCGCAAUUAUAUCCAAGAACAAAUGGAUCAGCUCGACACAGCAAUGACUACUUUGAGAGUUUCCGGAGAACGGGCGAAGGAAAGGGUUGGACGAGCCAUUAAAGUAGCAAACGAAUGCUUUACAAAUUUGAAAAAUAUGGGUAUCUCCCUAGUACAACUUGAUGAAACAACCGAGCGAGCGAAGUUGAUGUUCCUGCAAGCGGAAUCGAUCAAAGUUAGUCAAAUCCUUGGAGAUCUACCACUCAGUUGGAGUCCUAAUCGGUACUUGGUAAGUGAAUGCACAAAAGACGGUGCCGCUUCUUUAGUUCAACAAGCCCGAGCUCGAAUUGUCAACGCAUCUAUGCAAGCCGGGGUUUAUCAACAUCCACCACAAGGCAUUUUCCUUAUUCGACCAAGUGGAAGUCAGCCUAACAAACUAGUUCUUUCCGUGCUGAACGGUGACAAAGUUUCCCAUUGUUUGAUAGAACAAACUGAACAGGGAUGGGGUUUCGAAAAUGGUGGCCUAUACUUCGUCACAAUCGGCGAUUUUGUGCGUUACUACUCGCACACCUCCUUGGUAGAGCACAACCCCGAAAUUAGCACAUGCUUAACGGCGCCAGCGCUCACGUCCACUUCAACCAUACAACGAAGUAUGCAGUCUAAGCCAAAAACAGCCACCAAUUCACCAACGUCUACAUUCUCGAAAAGGACAACUCAGUCAAUCGAUGAAACACAGUCGAACGAAACUGCUAACUAC